AGGAAAGCUUGGGGAGGGGACGGGAAUUCCCGACUCCAGGCCGGAACCCCGCGGAUACCAUGUAGUGAGACCCUCGCGAGUCUGUCUUCCUAGGUUUGACAGUCAUUGGAGCUACCAUAGCCACCAUGGGGCCCUGGGGAGAGCCAGAGCUCCUGGUGUGGCGCCCUGAAGCAGUGGCCUCAGAGCCGCCAGUGCCCGUGGGACUGGAGGUGAAGUUGGGAGCCCUGGUACUGCUGCUGGUGCUCACCCUCAUCUGCAGUCUGGUGCCCAUCUGUGUGCUGUGCCGGACUGGAGCUAACCAGGAAGGCUCCACCUCACGCCAGAAAACCCUGAGCCUCAUAAGCUGCUUCGCAGGGGGUGUCUUCCUGGCCACCUGUCUCCUGGACCUGCUGCCUGACUACCUGGCUGCCAUAGAUGAGGCCCUUGCAGCCCUGCAUGUGACGCUCCAGUUCCCCUUGCAGGAAUUCAUCCUGGCCAUGGGCUUCUUCUUGGUCCUGGUGAUGGAGCAGAUCACACUGGCUUACAAGGAGCAGUUGGGGCCACCACCCCGGGAGGAGACAAGGGCUUUGCUGGGAACAGUAAAUGGUGUGCCACAGCACUGGCAUGAUGGUUCAGGGGUCCCACAGGCAAGCGGAGCCCUGGCAGCACCCUCAGCCCUGCGUGCCUGUGUCCUGGUCUUUUCUCUGGCCCUGCAUUCGGUGUUUGAGGGGCUGGCAGUGGGGCUGCAACGAGACCGGGCCCGGGCCAUGGAGUUGUGCUUGGCUCUGCUGCUCCAUAAGGGUAUCCUGGCUGUCAGCCUGUCCCUACGGCUGCUGCAGAGCCACCUGCGAGCACAGGUGGUGGCUGGCUGUGGGAUCCUAUUCUCAUGCAUGACACCCCUGGGCAUUGGGCUGGGUGCAGCUUUGGCAGAAUCAGCUGGGCCACUGCACCAGCUGGCCCAGUCUGUGCUAGAGGGCAUGGCGGCUGGCACCUUCCUCUAUAUCACCUUCUUGGAGAUCCUACCCCAGGAGCUGGCCACUUCUGAGCAGAGGAUUCUUAAGGUCAUUCUGCUCCUAGCAGGCUUUGCCCUGCUCACUGGCCUGCUCUUCAUCCAAGUCUAGGGGCUCUCCAGAGAGGGGCAGGGGAAAUUGGGUAUCAGGUGCCCCUGCCCUCCCUCCUUCCCCAAGUGUGUUGGGGGGAAUAGGCAGGAAUGGGGAACGGAGGCACUGAGGACCAAAGAGUUCUCUGGGAGCUAGGAAUGGAGCCUUUGGAACUGACUGAGACAAUGACAGGGAGGCAGGCAGAUGGGAGCUUGCCCUGGGCCCAAGAGACAAGAGUUGGUCACGUCACUAGAGGCAUGAUCAAAGGAUAUUAGGAUUGGGGAAGACACAGACUUCUAGAAUCAGGGGUGGACACUACACAUAGGGGCAAGCUGAUACUGAGGAUGCUGGGGUUGGGUACCCAGUUGCUGUUGGGUAGAGAUAUGAAGAGGGGAUAGGCCAGGAGCCAGCAGUUCUGUUUACUCUAGCCCAUUUCAGCAUUCUGUCACUUGGAGCAACCCCUCCUACUUUUCUUAGCUCCUACUCAUAUCUCCCAUUUUCCUUAUCCCAGGGGGCUGGUGCCAAAUGGUUUCUUCCUGCCAGUUUGGUACCUUCUCUGGUCUCUCCAGCCCUGCUCACUCUAUUUUUAAAGUGCCAAAUAAAUCCCCUUCCUCUUUCUCAAAGCACAGUGAUGGCACUGAACUCGGCCCAGUGCCUCAGUGAAGGGGGCUUGUUUUUCUCUUGAUUUUGGUCACAGAUCCUAGGGUAGGGCAGAAGUGUUUGUCGGGUUGGGGUGAGGGGAGGGUUAGCAGAACUGCAGCCUCCUACAACCUAGGGAUAUAAGACAUGGACCUGAUGCCCAUGCCCAGAUAUUAAACACUGAGCUGCCAAAACAUUUUUUUUUAAUACUAGAGGAGCCCUAGCAGGGAAGGGGAGGCUCACCCCAGGGUUAUUUUUGGGGAGGGAGGGCUGUGUAUAAGGGCCAUAUUCUCUAGAAUCUAUUUUACUAACUGACUUGUUUUGAGACAUAUUGCCUAAAUAAAAGACGUUUCUAUAAA